AUGGAAGCCGCACAGAAGAAAGCCCAGGCCUUGAUCGACGAAAAUGCCGUCAUGAUCUUUAGCAAGUCGUACUGCCCUUACUGCCGCGACGCCAAGAGUGUCUUCAGCACCCGGGACGUCAAAUACAAGGCGGUCGAGCUCAACCAGAUGGACGACGGCGACGAUAUCCAGGACGCUUUGCAGAAGAUGACCGGCCAGCGCACCGUCCCCAACAUCUUCAUCGGUGGCACUCACAUUGGAGGGAGUUCGGAUCUCAACAACGUCGUCUCUAGCGGCAAGGAUGGAAAGUCGAUCGACGUGUUGUUGAAGGAGGCUGGUGCUCUGUGA